GCAGAAACAAUGAGAGGUUCGUUUAUUGUGGCGCUCCCGUUAGCAUCCACUCUGACCGACCUACAACUAACUAUCAUACUCAUUGUGCCAGAACAAAAAACGAUCAAAGUAGAUCUUAAAUCGUGUCUGUCUCCUGCACAAAAAAGAUUGUUACAAAACAAAACAACCAUCACGAUCACUCGUUGUCAAUUACCACUCAUUCCUGCCUAUGUAUUGACAACGCAUAAGUGUCAAGGCAAAGCAUUAGAAUCUGGUGUGAUCGAUAUUGUACCUCCGCCUUAUACGAAGCAUGAUCUUGCUCAAACCUACGUACACAUAUCACGCUUUACGAGUUUAGAAGCGAUGGCUAUUCUCAGACCGUUUCCUCGUUCUAUUUUGAAUCAAAAACCUCAUCCUGACAUGAAAGCCGAAUUGCGGCGAUUGCAGUCAAUCGAUUCAACUGAUUGA